CUGUCAAACUCGAAUUGAUGAACAUUUACCCCGCAUAACACAAAAAAAUCCCUCAAAUCUCAACCCAUUUGUCUCGUUGACAUGUCUUCCUCCGGCGAAAUUGGUGGCGCCGCGGCGCUGGCACCACCACCUUGUCAACCACAGAUGUAUUACUGUCACCAGUGCGAGCGCACGGUCAGGAUCACUCCAUCUUCUUCCAUCGAACUCGCUUGCCCCACUUGCAACGGUGGCUUCCUUGAAGAACUCGAAACUAACCCUAACCCUAACCCUAGCCCUAAUCCCCAUUCUAAUCAUCCUUUCGAUGCCUUCCUCUUAGAAGACCUCAAUUCGCUGUUGGGUAUGGGUCCCACUCCGAGUCGGUCCUCUUUCACGGACCAGGCCGAGUUCAACCCUUUCGUUUUUCUCCAAAAUUAUCUGCAAACCCUGAGGGCAGGUGGCGCGAAUAUCCAGUUCGUUAUCGAGAACAGCUCCUCAAUGGACCCCACGGGCGGAGCGGCGGCGUUUCGGCUCCCGGCCAAUCUGGGGGAUUACUUUAUCGGGCCGGGUCUCGAGCAGUUGAUACAACAAUUGGCAGAGAAUGACCCAAAUCGAUAUGGAACUCCUCCGGCUUCAAAAUUGGCCAUGGAGGGGCUGCCUGAUAUCAAGAUAUCGGAGGAUUUGAUGGGUUCGGAUUCGUCUCAGUGUGCUGUGUGUAAGGAUAGUUUUGAGUUGAAUGAAGUUGCAAAACAGAUGCCUUGUAAACAUAUAUAUCACUCGGAUUGUAUUUUGCCUUGGCUACAGUUGCAUAAUUCGUGUCCUGUUUGUCGGUAUGAAUUGCCCACAGAUGAUCCUGAUUAUGAGCAAAGGCGUAAUGGGAAUAAUAAUAUCAGUGAUAAUAAUCAAGGUUUUAGUGUUGGGUUUGGUGGUGGGAUGUCUGCUGCUGGCGACGGUGGGAGUGGUGGGGGGAAUCCUGAGACUCCUAGGACAGUGGAGCGCAGGUUUAGAAUCUCGUUGCCAUGGCCAUUUAGGGGGGCUUUUAGUUCACCUGCAGAGACAAGUAGUGGGAGUGGGAACAAUGAUGGAGAUUCGAACUCAGGGAAUAGGGGUUCAGAACCCAGACAAGAAGAUCUUGAUUAAGAAGGUUCAUCGAGAUGAAAAGUGAUUCGGAUCUGCAACCACAGGCGACAUGGAAGAGAGAUGUUUCAUGUUAAUGCAUAUUUUCAUAUUUGGAUGAUAAUCAUAGGUAAAUGUCCAUUUUGAUGUUAGUAUUCAGAAUUCUUUAUAGUUUAAAAUUUCUGACAGUUUGCUGUGCAAAGCUUGUUGUGCAUCAUUGGCUUGCAUAUUUGUAAAAUUUUUCUAUCUUCUUUGGACCUGUUUAUACUUUUGAAGCGUCCAUUUUACAUUUUAUUUCACUCUUAAGUUAUGCUUUUUGCUGGA